AACCUCCAUUCCUAUAGGUGUCACUAUAGUCGGCCAUCACCCUCCCCCUCACUCACUCCUCCUUCUCCUCCUCCCAUCCACCAAACCUCCGCGAAAGGGUGUGCGUUUUGAAGGUUGUAUCAAGCUAAACACCACUGCAGAGAAGAGCAGUCGCCACUUGGCUGGACAACCUUUCACAAAUAUCUGGAGCCCGGGGACAAUACACCCCGAGGCUUCCCCACACCCCUCGUUGGGCUAAGUCCCCCGACCAAGGUCCUGUCCUCCAGGAAAGAAAAAUGCUGUAUACGCGGACACUGACAUAAAAAAGUUGAAGUACAUAAGGUACACGGCAAAAAUGCGAUGUGGCGGCUGUGUAGCUUAUCUUCAAGGUCAGUAUCAGAGCAUCGCCGCCUCACGGACGAGUUUCUCUCGGCUGAGACAGAGGCGUGGAGGGGAUGCGGCUGUGUGUCUUGCUUGCCUCCAGCAUCAACAAUGACAUCUUUCACCGAAGAGGACAUUGAUAGUCACUGACACAGAAACGGAGAAAACUUAUGAAACGCGGCUGUUGAAGAAGAAGGGUUCGAGUUUUACAGCACUGUUGUCUGUGGUGUUGUAAAAAGAAACUCUUUGCAUCAUCUUGGCGUUUCCUGCCCUCUUACAACAACGGCCUGUGUCGGUACGACUGUUUACCUGGCUACGCGCAACAACACUGAAGUCAAGCUAGCUAGUGUUAACGGGCAGAAUGGGUUUCUGGUUCGGUUUAAGCUAAUCGAACCUACCGUUAAAGUAAGUUGGUAUGUUCGGCCGUUGAAGAGUUGGUUAAUUUACCUAACGUUAAGAAGUUCUGACUAACUCAACCGCAUCCAGCUUCCUUGAACUUGCUUAGUCUUGAAGCGAACUUUUUUUUAAAAAACCCACUGAUAUUCUUUCAUCGCCUUUUUUUUUUUUUCCAACAAAAUGCCCUCGAGGACAUGUUCGCACAGCCCGUCUGGCUUCGGCAAGAGUUUACCGGAGCAGGGACUACUCCUGCUGGUGGUUUUGGUGCUUCUGGAGGGCUCCGUGCUCCCACUGGGAGCUGCCAGCUCUCCGGAUGUCAGCCACCAGGACGAUUCACAUAACCACAAAGUGGCGGACCAUGGCGUUAACGCCACCAAAAAGGUUUUUCCUGUGCUCGACGUCGACUACCAUCACAUACAGACGCCCUUUGAAAUCUCAUUAUGGGUGCUACUCGCAUCUUUAAUGAAACUAGGGUUCCACCUUAUUCCCCGUCUGUCCAGCAUUGUGCCAGAAAGCUGCCUGUUGAUUGUAGUGGGCCUGCUAGUGGGAGGGCUUAUCAAACUAGCCGGAGAGCAGGUCCCCCCAGUGCUAGACUCAAGAUUGUUCUUCCUCUGCCUGCUGCCCCCCAUCAUCCUGGAUGCUGGCUACUUCCUGCCCAUCCGCCCUUUCAUGGAGAAUGUUGGCACGAUCCUGAUGUUUGCUGUUGUGGGGACGGUAUGGAAUGCCUUCUUCGUCGGGGGCCUUCUUUACGCUGUGUGUCAGAUCCAGCCAGCCAACCCAUCAAGCCUCCACAGCAUAGAGCUCCUGCAUUGCCUGCUGUUCGGCUCCAUCAUCUCAGCUGUGGAUCCUGUUGCUGUGCUUGCAGUGUUUGAGGAGAUCCACAUCAAUGAACUGUUGCACAUCCUGGUGUUUGGCGAAUCACUGCUCAACGAUGCUGUCACUGUGGUGCUAUACCACCUUUUUGUAGAGUACGCAGGCGUUGGCACAGUGACGGUGAUGGAUGGCUUCCUCGGAGUCAUCUCCUUCCUUGUGGUUGCGUUGGGUGGCGUUCUAGUGGGAGCGAUCUAUGGUAUCCUGGCUGCCUUCACCUCACGCUUCACCUCCCACACACGUGUCAUCGAGCCGCUUUUUGUCUUUGUGUACAGCUACAUGGCCUACCUGUCAGCUGAGAUGUUCCACCUCUCUGGCAUCAUGGCGUUAAUAGCAUGUGGAGCAGUGAUGCGCCCCUAUGUGGAGGCAAAUAUAUCCCACAAGUCCCACACUACCAUCAAGUACUUCCUGAAAAUGUGGAGCAGCGUCAGCGAGACUCUGAUCUUCAUCUUUCUGGGCGUGGCCACAGUGGACGGGCCGCACUCUUGGAACUGGACCUUCGUUACUGUUACUGUCAUUCUGUGUCUGGUGGCACGGGUCAUAGGUGUUGUUGGCCUGACUUACAUCAUCAACAAGUUCCGCAUUGUCAAGCUGACAACCAAGGACCAGUUCAUUGUGGCCUAUGGUGGCCUGCGUGGUGCCAUUGCCUUCUCCCUUGGCUUCUUGUUGGACCAGAAUCAAUUUGCCCACAGAAAGAUGUUCCUCACAGCCAUCAUCACUGUAAUCUUCUUCACAGUCUUUGUUCAGGGUAUGACCAUCAAACCCCUGGUGGAGUUGCUGGCAGUGAAGAAGAAACAGGAGGCCAAGCGCUCGAUUAAUGAGGAAAUCCACACCCAAUUCCUCGACCACCUGCUGACUGGAAUUGAGGACAUCUGUGGACACUAUGGACACCACCACUGGAAGGACAAACUGAACCGCUUCAAUAAGAAGUAUGUGAAGAAGUGCCUGAUUGCAGGCGAGCGCUCCAAGGAGCCGCAGCUCAUCGCCUUCUAUCACAAGAUGGAGAUGAAACAGGCCAUUGAGCUGGUGGAGAGUGGAGGGGGUGUCAAGCUGCCUUCUGCUGUGCCUUCCACCGUUUCCAUGCAGAACAUCCAGCCCAAGAAGCCUCCUCCUGCUAAGGCUGCAGAGAGAGCUCUGCCGCAGCUGCCAAAAGGCCGAGAGGAGGAGAUCAGGAAGAUCCUCAGGAGUAACCUUCAGAGGACACGACAGAGGCUGCGCUCCUACAACAGACACACUCUGGUGGCUGAUCCAUAUGAAGAUGGAUUUAGUGACUUACUCAUUAAGAAGCAAAAGAUGAUUGAGCUGGAGAAGAAGAUAAAAGAGAUGAAUAACUACCUGACGGUGCCUGCUGCUCCUCCUGACUCCCCGACCAUGUGUAGAGCCAGACUGGCCUCAGGCAGAGAUACUGAUUUCAAACCUGCUCAGCAGCAGAAAGGGAACAAAAUCUGUCCAGACCCCCAAGCCUACAGCAUGAAGCCAGUGUCUGACAGCGUGCCGGUCAUCCAGGUAGACCUGGCCUCCCCUCAGUCUCCGGACUCUGUCAAUGUAAUGGAUGAGUUCAGGCGGGCCAAUCAGGAGGAGGACCAGGGCCUGAUGAUGAAGCCUCCCCAGGGGUCGAGUGGAUCUAACAAGCCAGGCGAGGCAGACACAACCAGAGAUCAGCAGAGGCUGAUGAGGUGUCUCAGCGACCCUGGUCCCAGUGCAGACGAGGACGAGGACGAACCCUUCCUGCCUUAAUACGGCAGACUGGAUAAGGAGAGAUCAGGCUGCAUGCCCACCCUCUCUGGUCCGAGGAGAGAGGGCUGCUUCACUGCUCUGCUCCAAAUGAUCUUUUUGGUUCAGAAACCAGACAAGCCAAAACUGCUAAUGCUGUACAAACCAGAAACUAAAAGCAAACAGAGAUUGCCUGAGAAGAAAAAAAAAGAGCCAUUAGUUUGUUAUUGUCAUUGCUCUUUAUUUUUGUAGACAGGAUUUGAACAGCAGUCGCUGCUAUCUGAGAGUUGGUGGAGUUUAUGAUCGAUACAUUCAGGAAAGAACUAUGCAUUACCAAAGGUCUGGACUGUUCUAGUGUCAGGCAGUGUUGUUUUUACUUUAGUGACAGAUGAUUUUUCUUUCUUAAUGAUUGCAUAGUAUUCUAGUUUUGUUUGUGAUUUUGCAACUUUUCUGUCUUUAGAGCUAAAUUCUCUGAGAUAUGCUGGUUCUCUAGUCCUAAUCAACAAAGCAAACCACUUCAGUCCAGUUUUCACUUUCACACAUAGCACUUGAGUUCUUUAAUUCUUUCACUUGAAAUUGCUGGAUAUCCAAACUUUUAGUGUAGCUAGUUGAAAAUAUUUUUGCCUUAUUUUACAUCAAAUUUUUCACUUGGUGCGUUUUUAUCUCUUUGUCGUUUUUUAAAAAGCAUUUUAAUUUCAGGAGGGACUAACAUCUGUUUGUAAUCAGAGUUUGUUCCAGUGUUCGUUGGAUGUAGGUUAAAGCUGGAUGUAUUUAGUCACUGUGCAAACCACUGUGUAAAAGACCCACAGUUCUUCAUGGUCACGCUUACAGACUUGCAGCCUUGUCCUACGGCUGUGGAGGGAAUUUAUGUAGACUUGAAAAAUUCCUCAGUGCUGUAUAAAAUAGUUUUGACCUACAAGUGUGGAGCGAAGCUGAGCGUUAGGAAAUGUUGUGAGACAUUCAGUGAUGCGGCACAGAUGUUGUGAUGUCAGCCAUCAUGCUUGAUUCCCCAUCCAAAUCUUCUGCAGUUAAAUCACAUGUCGUCAUGUCGUGUUUCUGUGUAGAUGUUUUAUGUUUUACCUCGGUUUAGAACACCCUUUAAAACUCCGUUAAGCAGGUGUGGAGAUGUUAGAGUAGAUUUCUCUCUUAAUAAAGUUGUAAUGACACUCAUCACCUUCACAAUCCGCCUAUUUUAAACUUUUAGACCACAAGAGCUGAUUUUAAUGUAUCACAUCUAAAUGCUCCAUACUCACUAUCUUUUACAUGCCUUUUUGCAUUCUCUAGUUUUUUACUGGCCUUUAUAAAAAGCAUCUGUGUCCUUCAUUGCAGGACAUGAUAAGUGAAGGUUAGUUUGUACAGGAAUCCAUCCACACCAUCUAACCUUCUUGAAAUCUAAGACUGUAGGCAUGUUGUGGCAAAAAAGUAAUUCUAUGCAGUAUAGACAUGUUAAAUAUGUAAAUUAAUUAUAAUAUCCUAUAUUUAUGAAUACCCUUUAAAACUGAAGUCUUGUAAUCUUGUAAACAUGCAAAACACUGAAGGAAACCAAUGCUAAAGUCAAAGCUAAAAUCAAAUACGGGCAUUAAGACAUACGGUUAUAAAAAACAGUUCACUAGAAUCUUUGCACAUCUGAGCAAGACUCAAAAGUUACCUGCAGGCACGGCAGCGUAGUCUAGAAUUAUGUUGGUACCGUAACUCAUUCUCUUGUACAGUGUGUAUGAUAGUAAGUGUAAAAUACAUUGCAUGUCUUUUUUAUACAGCUGCUCAUUGAAUUGGAGUAUGACAUACAUUUGCAUUUAACUUUUGUCAGAGACACAGGCAACAUUUCAUUUUUUCUACAUUCAGGCAAAACAGCAGCCUAGUGCCACAGCCAAUAACAAUUAGAUUUUAAACCCAUGAGUAUUUCUUUCACCAUGUUUAUUAUCUCUUGACAUCACUACAAAAAGAGUGUAGUCUCUCCAUAGAGGGCAUCUAAAGAGCAAACUUCUGCUUUGAAACCCUAGCUGACUGAAGUAGCUCCAGUGAGUCACUGUUCCACUUUUCUGGCUGUUUUCUAAGUGUUAGUGACCAUUGAAUCCUUCCUGAUCCUCUUACAUUCAGAAGGCUCACAUUACAGCUGAAGGGAAAAAGCAGAAGAACCUGACAGGCUCCUUCAUUUCCCUCAAAUUGUCUUUUUUUAAAUGGCUUGCUAUGGUUACUGUAGCAAGGGUAUUAGGAUAUUUUGUCCGUGCUCACAUACACUUAUGUAAAUCUGGGUGUAUGUAUGCGAAACGUGCACUGUAGGCAAGUGUGUUCGGUCCCUUUCUUGCCUUCAACACUUUUCCUGCUUCCCAAUUUCAAAAAGGAUAAUUGCAGCUGAGAGAUGGGAGGGCCAGACCUUAAAGCAUCUCAUUUCCCCCCCUCCAUCUCGACCAAAUUGAAUUUCCUUUCGGAAAAUGUCCAAGUGUCGGAGUGGGAGAAGUGUGCUGGAAAUGUCAACAGGGAUGAGGUCAAAGAAAGGAGGGUUGUUAAAAACCCUGGAAUGACUACGGCAAAUGACAGGUGGUCAUUCUUCCCAUCCUCAGAUCCUCCUUUUAUUGUUGCUUAAAGGACAGUGACAUUUAUGCGCAGCGUUACAUUUACAAGGUUCUAAAAUGGUGUAUAAACUCCAGCUGCAGAAUCCCAGAGAACUCUCUCUGUCUGACUGGAUGCUUUCACAGAAAAUGGAAAUUUUCUAUAUCAUCUUUCCCCAUGCUAAGUGAUUUGGCCUUCAUUUUGUUACUCUCUCAUUCUGUAGAGACUUUUAAGUAGGUUUCAGGAAGGUUACAGCCAGUAAUGCAUCUCUAGACAUAGUCCCACUUAUGAAUGUGUGUAGAUAUGUGAAUGCAAAGUGGAGUAAUUCCCUGAAAAAAUAUGCAUACUCUGCAAGGGAGUUUUAUUUUUCAUAUCAAAAUGGAUACAUGGGGACAUGAUCAAAUAGAGGGAAACCAAAAUCCUCCACUUAAAAUAAAAACAAUCCGCAAACACAGACACCAUAUCCCCAAUGAUUUUAUUCCAAAGACUUUCUUUCUCAGAAAGAAAAGAAAUGCUAUUUUCAUACUUUUCCUUUUUACACCAAAUGCAUCUUUUUGCACAAACAUUCUCACACUCCUUGGAGGGAAAUGUUUGGUGCACCUUAAUCUGAAGCCAUACAGCCUGUAGAAGAACCUAUUUUUUUCUACUCAUAUAUUCAAAUGUCAUACACAUCAUUUUGCCUUUGUUUUGUUCCACAACUUACAAAGCAAACAAAUGUCUUUACAUUUAAAUCACUUGUGUCUUCUUUGCUUAUUUUUUCAAAUGAAUGCUUUCUGUUCUCAAUUUAAAAUUGCCACACUGGAUUUUUUAUUUUCUUUCAAUGGUGAAUCGUUUUUAAGUCGUGGCAGUUGUUUUUCAUUGAAUGUGUUGGACUAAAUUGCAAUGUCAACACUGUUGCCUCACCAGCAUUCACUUCAGCUUUGUGAUGCUUUGUUCUUCUGUGCGCUUAAAAAUGCUUCAUGUGCUUUACUUGUUCAGCUGCUUUUUUGUACAAAGACCUUUUUUGGCUUUACAGGGAUAUCUGAGUCCCUUUUUUAUUGCGUGAGUACUUUAUUGGGAGUCAUGUAGAUUAUAGUACUCCGUCAGAGAUACAGAGGUUUUAGGCUUCAUUGUUUUUUUUCCCCCCAUCUCAUGUUUACCUGUAACCCAAAGUUUGUACUGUGGAGUUCAGGUUCUGGCUUCACAUAGUAGAAACAAGCUGAAUUUUACAACUACUGCUCUCAAGUUUCAUGCUCAAAUUCAUUGCUACUAAAGAUAAAUUGUUCCACUGGGAAAAGUAAAGGAGGGCAUCGAUUACAAUCAGCCACACAAGCUGGUAAAUAACUCCUUACUUUAAGGUCACACUGGUGUUUUUGCAUCUUUUAGAUUUGUGUUUUUUCCCUACAAUCCAGGCAGCCAAUAGCUUCCUGUCAUUUCCUGCAACAUAACAUAUCUCUAUAAAGACUAAACUUGCUUCAGAUCCAGAUUCAAAUAGAGGUUGUCUCAGAGGUUGAAAAAAACACAGAUCCAAUAUUUUAAACUAUAAACUUUAAACUAUAGUGUGCUUUGAAAUAAAUGCUCAGCGUUCAUUUGGUAUUUCAUAAUUUGUACAACAUGGACUAAAAUAUGCAAAAACAUUGGCAUGGUCCUUUAAGUACUGUAAGAUUGGACCAGCCUGGCAGUGCAGGACUAAUAGUUGCUUGCGGAUGAACAUUAGACAAAUACUGUCAAUUAUAAAAGGCUGUAAUCACAGUGUGACGCACAUGCACGUCAUCAACAUAAUGACCUUGUAGUGUCAUUACUCCACCGCUCCCUCAUUUACCUCAUCGUUCUCCGAAUUUGCCUAACCCCGGCUUCUGUCGUGCUCCGCCACUUUCACCACACACCGAGCACUUUAACAAAUCAGUACCUUUAUCUCGAAACACUGAUAGAGAGCAAUAAGUGGCUUUAAUGUAGUGUACACUUCAUUUGUGGCAAUCAGGUGACACAUCCCAGGGAAAAGGAAUGUACUUCAUGAUGGGCCUUAUAAAUGGAUGGGGUUUCUGUUUUUAAAGUCCUAAGGCAAAGAAGCUGGGAUUUUAAAUUCUGGCAAAGGCUGUGCUGUGACUCAACGAUGGAGUGGAUUAUAUUUCCCUUUUACACAUAUUUUGUGCCGUUUAUCUUCGUGUUUGUUGAAUUUAUGUGUAAGUCAAUUACUUGCAGUUUGCAAAUUUUAAUUUUGCAAUAAUUAAAAGAUUUGUUUUAUUUUAUAUACACAUGACUGGAAAUACAGUAUAUAUGAAUUUAAAAAAAUGUGUUAGAAAUUUAUUAUAAUGAUGUACAAAUCCGAAUCUGAAAGAUAAUGAUAAAGUGUGCACUUUCUUGUUUAUUAAUCUUUAGCUUUCAGCAUUCCAUUCCUGUAAUGACCAGUGAAAACUAACAACCAGAGAUUAACUACAUCAGAAACUAUAUACCAAAUUAAAGUUUUACUUUAUAGCG